UAAGCGAGAAAAAAAAAUCUCCUGGCCAAAAAAAAAGAAAAAAAGGUUGGAGCCGAGCGCCAAUCAAGUAAAAUGCAACUUUCGGAGGUCGCGGCGCUUGUGGUCGCCCUCAUUGGGGUUUGUGUCUGGACGGAGGACGGGAGCAAAGUUAUCUCGGAUCGCUACGCGGUGUACUGGAACAAAACCAAUCCUAGAUUCCACCAAGGGGAUUACACCGUAGAGGUCAGCAUCAACGAUUACCUGGACAUAUACUGCCCGCAUUAUGAGAUCCCGUUUCCCAUGGACCAGAUGGAGAGAUACAUUUUGUACAUGGUCAACUACGAGGGACACAGUUCCUGCGACCAUCGGCAGAACGGCUUCAAACGCUGGGAAUGUAACCGGCCGGAUUCCCCCAAUGGGCCCCUCAAGUUCUCCGAGAAGUUCCAGCUUUUUACCCCUUUCUCCUUAGGAUUCGAAUUCAGACCAGGACACGAGUAUUACUACAUUUCGGCCACUCCACCUAAUCUGGUUGACAAACCCUGCUUAAAGCUGAAGGUUUAUGUUCGACCAACAAACGAUUCCCUCUACGAAUCGCCAGAGCCCAUUUUCACCAGCAAUAAUUCCUGCUGCAGCUUCACCGUUCCCGAUGCCUUCUUCGUGGUGGUGCCGAUGUUUUGGACUAUCCUCGCUUCCUAGCCCCCGGGCAGAAUGGCGGAGGGGAAAAGGGGGGGGGGUGUUCUUUUACAGCGGCAGCUGCAAAAACCAAGGGGAGGGGGGGAAAAAACCAUAUCAGAGGAAAGAAUGAGAGGAAGAAGAGGAGUGAACAGGGGGGUGUUUGUUACCGGAUCAGAAAUGAUACACUUGGGGUGGAGAGGGGUGUGUUGCAAGGAUUUUGAUCUCUGGUCUCUGCCAACGUCAGGCAAAGAAGAGGCCCUGGUCUUUUUGCCUUUGUGUUUCCUGAAAAAAAACACCCCAAACUGAGCCAACAUGUCCCCCACAUGUCUGAUACAGUACAGAGGAAGGCGAGGGGGAAGGCUCCGUUUUUUUAAAAAAGGAACAACAACCUGUGACAUGGGGAGCUGAGCUGGUUUUAUAUUUCAAAAAAACCUUCCACAGACUUCUAUCAAGCCAGCUGGUGUAAAAACACCCUCCACCUCUUUAGAUUAAUCCCCCCUGUGGAGUUUUUCUUUUUUAAAAUCUCUAGACCAAAUAUAGUCUUUUUUUUUUUCUUCCUUAUUUUUCUCAGCUUAACCUUUUCUGGUUUGUUUGGGGCUUUUUUUGGAGGGUAUGUGCGUGUGUGCGUGUGUGUAUUCUAGACUUUUUUUUCCACAACUGGAACUCAAAAAAGAGACAUCACAAUGGGGGUGGGUGGGAGAAACCAAAAAAGGACCCUCUGCGUUGGUGCCUCUUUUUUUUUUUGGAGAGAAGGGAUGGGUGGGUUUGAAGGACAUCCUUUACAUUCCCUUUGAUGUGGGUUUUUUAUUUCCUUCUUUUUGGCUUGAAUAUGAUGAUUCAGCAGGCGAAGGGAACAUGAACCUCUCGCGGUGACCAAAUUACAUUUUGUGACGGUGGAAACCCCUUAACGAAGAGAGCCACCAACUGUAACAAAAAAAUCUUCAAAAACAAAAAACCUUGAGGACUAGAAUACUGUUAUGCCAAAACCUGUUACUCCUUCAGAUUUCUUUGUGUCAUAUUCCAUGGGUA